AUGGCAGACACGAUGCCUACAUUAACAUACCUCAGUAAGGCCGCAGCCGCUUUGCCAGAACUUCCAGCCAUGAAGAGAUACCUACAAGGUCGGCUACAAGCCAAAUCUGAAACUGAAAAAGUGCAACUACAGGAAAAAAUAAUCAAAUCAGCUUGUCCUUUAUGUGGCAGUCAGUGGAUUCCGGGACUCAAUUGUCGUGUACGCUUGCUCAGCAAGUCGGAUCAGGCCAUGAAACAUGGGAAAUGGAAGAUUGUAAAAGUUGAUGCAUUAUCGUCAAAAGUGCAUUAUUACUGCUAUAGCUGCCAUGUAAAUGCGCUUUAUAAAGGCAACAAGAGGAGGAAAACUAGUAGUAAAUUAAUACCAGUCAAGGCUAUCCCGCUACCUACAACAACAGCGACAAAGGCAACGGAAACCGAACCGAAAAAUGUAGUCAAUAAGAAGGCAGGAAAGAGGAAGACAUUGAAUCUACGAGGUAUCCUUGAUCGUGAAGCUCAACAAAAGCAGCAACAGCAGGAUCAGUCGUUUAGCCUCACGGACUUUUUGUCCCAAGAGGCAUAG